AUGUCGACCAAACGUCCUACGAUGGAACUGGGCACUGUCCUGGUGGUUGGUGGCUGUGGGUUCCUGGGUUGGCACAUUGUUGAUCAGUUGCUCAAUUUCCCCUCGGAGACUGAUCCCAGUGCCGCUCUUCCCAAGCCACAGGGAGAUGCCAGAUUCAAUUACCCCAAAUUGGGCGAUCGAUACCCUCGGUGCAUAGCGAAAGUCGCGGUGGUCGACCUGCGCACAACCCACAACCGACUGCCUGGUGCUGAGUAUUACGACGGCGAUAUCACAUCCGCAGAGUCCAUGUUGGCCGUUUUCCGCGAGGUCAAGCCCGACAUCGUCAUCCACACCGCCACCCCCAAUGUUCUGGAAGGAAACAAGCCAUUGCUGCGCAAGGUCAAUGUUGAUGGAACUAGGACUUUGGUCGAGGUUGCGGGCGGCGCUCGUGGGGACUGGGGUGGAAAGUGCAAGGCUUUUGUGUACACGAGCUCGAGCUCCGUCGUGCACGAUACGCAGAGCGACCUUAUCAACGUGAAUGAGGAAUGGCCUCUCAUCCGGGGUGCCUUGCAGCAGGAGUAUUAUUCGGAAACCAAGGCCGAUGCCGAAGAACUCGUCUUGAAGUACAACUGUGCCUCCCCUUCCUCGAUGGUGACCUGUGCUAUUCGUCCGGCCGGUAUCUAUGGUGAGAAGGAUACGACAUUUACUUUCAAGGUUCUGGAACACUCCGCCAAGGCCUCUCCGACCGUCCUCCGGAUGCAGCUCGGUGAGAACAACAACUUGUUCGAUUUCACAUACGUUGGGAACAUCGCCUAUGCUCAUACUCUGGCCGCAUACCGCUUGCUUUUUACCCACUCCCGGUAUGAAUCUGGACAGGGCGCGCCGCUCGACCACGAGCGGGUUGACGGUGAAGCGUUCAACGUCACGAACGAUUCCCCGGUCUAUUUCUGGGACAUGACGCGUGCUGCCUGGGCGCUGACUGGCAAGGUCGUGGAGCCGGAGCAAGUGUGGGAGCUUCCCGAAUCUAUCCUGGGGCCCAUUGGCGGCGUCGCAGAGACGGUGUUGGGACUUCUCGGCAAGACCCCUCGUUUGACUAGGAGAACGGUUCGCUACUCCUGCAUGACUCGCUACUACUCAUGCGACAAGGCCAAGUUCCGGCUUGGAUACAGGCCUCUUGUACCCGUGGACGAGGGUCUGGCUCGUGCAGUCGGAUAUGUCGUGGAACAGGAGCGGCUGGCGGGUGAAAAGAAGGCCUUGUGA